AUGAAUUUAUCUGAUUUUGACAUAGAAGGGAUUGUUGAAAACAUCAACAAGGCUCUAGUAAACUUCAACAUUCAACAUGAAAAAUACAUGCUAACAUUAGAGAAGUUAUGCCAAAAAAAUUGCGCAAAAAAUGGAAGUGCAGAUACUGUUGCAAGUAACACAGAAAAUAAAACAAAUGAAUUGACGAACGCAGGUCGCCCAGUGAAAGAAAAAUCGAAGAUGAAAGUGAAAAUUAAGAUUGCCUUUUUGAAAAUUGGCGUGAUAGACACCAUAAAAAACAAAUUUAACGCAGAAGUGUUAGUCACAACAAAAUGGCGUAAACCAGAAGUGGAUGGAAAGAAGAAAGAAGUGAAGUUGUUGUCAUGGGAGGGCCAGUGGACUCCAUCCAUGGUCAUAUCAAAUAUUGUCGGCGAGGUUAAAGUGACAACAUCUUAUAACGUUAUUUUUGAUAACAGCGGACGCGCUGUCGCUUGCGAAACCAAAAAAUUUGUGGGUCAUUUUUUUGAAAAUAUGGAACUUUACGAUUUUCCAUUUGAUAAGCAAGACCUGACAAUAUGUGCAUCAAGCGAAAAGACCGUGGAUGAAUUAGAAUUAAUUGAAGAUGAAAAUGAUCCAUGCGUUCUGAAUUUGAAAGCAUUUAGCGCAGAACAAGAAUGGGCUUUAAACGACAAUUUGAACAAAUGGAAUAAGCUCAGUUUCGACUACAUCUACCAGAUUUAA